AUGAGUUCACGGGACAUUUCGAAACAGAAGAAACCCCAAUCUAAGAAAACAAAUAGAAACCUGGAAAAAUGUAAAGCGACAAAGCAGGAGGAUGAUGACGAUUCGGGACACGAUACAGCAUCCACAACAAUUACACCAACUCAAACAACACCGGUCGACAUGAUGACCUCCAAAGAUUUCCAAUUUGAUGUUGGGGCUCACAUUGAAGUGAUACAUCAACAGUUGAAGGAUACGGUUCGAGUGCAAAAGUUCCGAGAGGCUAUUUUAUAUAAUCAACAUUUGUUCCGGAACAAAAUUGUCCUACAUUUGAAUUGUGGUGUGGGUAUAUUUUCAUUGUUUGCCGCAAAGGCAGGAGCUGCCAAGGUCUUCGCCAUCGAUCAUUCGAAUGUCAUUUAUUACACCCGACAAAUUGUGGCGGCAAAUGGUUAUGGCGAUGUCAUAGAGGUGCUGAAGGGCCGCAUUGAAGAUAUCGAUUUGCCCGUCAAGGAAGUCGAUAUCAUUUUAUGUGAUUGGAUGGGUUAUGCGCUGCUGUUUCAAUCGACCUGUGAUGCUGCGAUUUAUGCCCGCGAUAAAUGGUUAAAGAAGCCGAACGGUUUAAUAUUUCCAGACCAGGCAAAAUUGUUCAUGGUUGCUGUGGAAGAUCAAAAACAUAAAAAUGAAAAUAUUGAAUGGUGGAAUGGUGUCUAUGGAUUCAAUAUGAAAUGUUUGCGCGAUGUGGCUCUGAAAGAGCCACGCUAUAAGUUGAUUAAUUUCUGA